AUGAAUUGCUCUGUGUAUUCAUCAUCUUUUUUAUCACCAUACCGAAAUUCUCAUCCUCAUCAAUUAUCAUCAUUUCGUAUUGAUGAUAUAUUAAAAGCACCAACAUCAAUAUCGCCAACAUUUAUUGAUCCAACAGCACUUUGGUCAUCAUUUGCUGCUCAACUUUUGGCUUAUUCACCUGAAAUCUUAUCAGUUUCAACAGCAACAACAACAACAGCAUCACCAAAUGAUAUUUCACCGGCUUUAAUUUCACCACAAAAACAUCUUCAUCAUCGACAUCAAUAUCAUCCAUAUUUAUCCAUAUCGCGACAUUCUCCAACAACAAAAAUUCAACAUGAUUCUACUUCAAAUUUAACAACAUCAACAAAUAAAAAUAAUUAUCAACAUACACUUUCACCAUUAUCAAUUAAAGACAAAAUACAACAUCAACAUAUUGACCGGAAUGAAUGUCUAUCAUCAAUGAUUCCAUCAUCAUCACACCAUCAAGCAUCGCCGGCAACUGCUGCUGCUGCAUAUUGGCCAUAUUUAUAUUCACGUUGUAAUCCAACAGCAGUAUCAACAGCAAGCGUUUCCCGUCGUAAAGGUGGUCAAAUAAGAUUUUCAGCUGAACAAAGUUUACAAUUAGAAAAAAAAUUUGAAAUAAGUCAAUAUUUAUCACCAGUUGAACGUAAACAAAUUGCUAAAACACUUCAUUUAAGUGAAAGACAAAUUAAAACAUGGUUUCAAAAUCGACGAGCAAAGCAUCGCCGAUCAGCUGCAACAGUAGUGAAAAAAGAUGUGGACAAAUCAUGUUCAUCACCGCAACAAACUGAUGAUGAAGACGACGACGACGAUGAUAUCGAUAUUGACGACAAUGUGGAUGAAGAACAUGCAACAUCGUCGAAUUCAAAUUAG